AAAGGAAAGUCUUGUUAAAUGUUAAUACUAGUCUAUAUUGCCGCCUCUCUGGUUUGAUAUAGUGAUAUUCAUUCAAUUUAUUUUAUUUCUGCAUUUUUGCCUUUGAUACUCUAAAUCAAGCAACUAUGCUUCUUUAAGGAGACGAAACCGAAGAACGUAACGAGCUCACGAAGAUCAUGCCAGGACAGAUGAUUUUCAGUUUCUUUUUCUUGAUUUUCAUAGGUGGUAGGCUUGUGAAUUGUACAGACAAGGAUGUUUUGUUGGAGCUGAAGACAUUUAUUGAGGAGCAAAGCCCUGUCUUCAGAGGAUCAAGGUACACAAAAUGGGAUUCGGCAGACGUGUCACCCUGCAACUGGCCUGGAAUUUCGUGCCUCUGGGGACGUGUAACCGCACUAAACCUCUCCGGGGACUACCUGACGGGGAGAAUGUUCCGGAACUUCUCUGCCUUAACCGAGUUAACGCAUCUGGAUCUGUCCAGCAACACGAUCGGUGGGCCCAUCCCGGAUGACCUGACCGAACACGCGACCAAAUUAAGGUUCUUGAACCUGUCGCAUAACAUCUUUGAUGGGCAGCUCAAUCUCACUGCCCUAGACAGGUUGGAGGUUCUCGACGUGUCUACAAACCGCUUUCGAGGGGAAAUCGGGUCGAGUCUUCCCGGAGCAUGUGAUGUUUUGGUGGUCGCGAAUAUUUCAAACAACCGGUUCAAGGGCGAAAUCGGAAACGCCUUCCAGAAAUGCAGGAAACUUGAGUAUCUUGACCUGAGCUAUAACAAUUUCACGGGGGAUUCAUUUUCGGGUUUUGAUGGGCUCAAAGAGGUUUCAGUAGCUGAAAACAAGGUGUCGGGCGGGUUUCCCGGGUGGAUUUUUAGCCAAAGUUGCAGCCUGCAGUCCCUGGAUUUAUCAGGGAAUAACUUUUCCGGUCUUUUGCCUAAGGAGAUAUCAAACUGUAAGGAGCUAAGAGUUAUAAACCUGUCUGGUAACAAGUUUUCGGGUUUAAUUCCUAGCGAGAUUGGAUCACUUCAGAGUCUCGAAGCAUUGUACUUGGGAAGCAACAGUUUCUCAAGUCAGAUUCCAGAAACGCUAACUAGUCUGCCCAACUUACUGUCUCUGGACCUAAGCGAAAACGGGUUUCAGGGCAAAAUUCAACGAGUUUUCGGGGAAUUUACACAGGUUAGGUACCUUCUGCUGCACAAGAAUCGGUACACGGGAGGGAUUGUUGAAUCCGGAAUCACCAACCUGGUGAACCUUUCUGGGUUGGACUUGAGCUACAACGAUUUCUCUGGUCCUUUACCUGUUGAGAUCUCUCAGAUGACAAACUUGAAGUUCUUGUUUCUUUCAUUCAACCAAUUCACAGGCCCGAUACCUUCUGAAUAUGGAAACAUAACUGGCCUCCAAGCACUUGAUAUCUCCUCCAACAGCCUAAACGGAACGAUACCUCGGACCAUAGGGAGGCAAACCUCACUUCUGUGGCUAAUGCUGGCAAACAACUCCUUGAGAGGUGAUAUCCCAUCUGAGCUAGGGAACUGCAGCAGCUUGUUGUGGCUAAAUCUCGCGAGGAACGAGCUUUCUGGCUCGAUCCCUCGCGAGCUAGCAAAUAUUGGAUCAAACCCAAAGCCAACUUUCUUGUUAAACCAAGAGGAAGAUAAGAUCACGCCCGGAUCUGGGGAGUGCCUUGCCAUGAUGAGAUGGAUACCAGCUGAUUAUCCACCUUUCAGCUUUUUAUAUCCUCUGCUGAGUAGAAAAAAUUGCAGAAAUCUAUGGGACUUGCUACUUAAGGGUGUUGGUGUUGUCCCGGUUUGUGAGCUCGGGAGUAGUAUCCGUAAGUAUCAGACAACCGGUUACGUGCAACUUUGCGGGAACAAUCUGUCUGGUUCGGUCCCAUCUGAUAUAGGUAAAAUGAGGAAUUUCAGCAUGCUUCACAUUGGGGAGAAUCAUCUCAAUGGGCAAUUUCCAUCAGAGGUUGGCAGAAUGCCGUUGAUUGUACUCAACGCGACAGGUAACAAAUUUUCAGGGAGUAUUCCGUCACAAAUUGGGAACAUAAACUGCCUACAGAAUCUUGAUCUGUCAAACAACAAUUUCUCUGGUGCAUUCCCCAGUAGCUUGGCCAAAUUGACAGAUCUCAACAAGUUCAACAUCUCUUACAACCCAAACAUCUAUGGGGAAGUCCCGCCCAUGAGGCAGCUAUCAACAUUCGACAAAUGGUCAUUCCUAGGGGACCCUUUGCUACGCCUACCAUCUUUCAUGUUGAACUCUACCGGCGAUCAUCCCCAGAACAAGAAGACCGACAAGGUAAAGAAGCCAACAAAAACUGUCACACUUUUGGUGCUUGCUGCACUGGCUCUUGCAUUUCUACUGUGUGGUGGAAUCAUGACCCUUAUUGUCUGCAUUGUCUUCAAAUCACCAAUGGAUUCUUCACCAGGACACUUGUUGGAGGAGACAAAAGGGGGGACCUCUGGCAAUUCAACGUCACCUUGGCUAUCAAAUACCGUACAAAUUAUUCGCAUGGACAAAACAUCAUUCUCGCACUCCGACAUCUUGAAAGCUACUGAGAACUUCUCGGAUGACAGGAUCGUGGGACAGGGAGGAUUUGGAACAGUGUACAGAGGGGUCCUUCCAGAUGGGAGAGAAGUGGCAGUGAAGAAGCUCCAGAGGGAAGGCAUUGAGGGAGAAAGAGAAUUCAAAGCCGAAAUGGAAGUGUUGAGUGGAAAUGGCUUGGGAUGGCCUCAUCCCAACCUUGUAAUACUCUACGGGUGGUCCCACUACGGCUCCGAAAAGCUGUUAGUCUAUGAGUUCUUAGAAGGUGGUAGUUUGGACACACUCAUUGUGGACCCAACCGCACUACCUUGGCAAAAACGUGUAAACAUUGCAAUCGGCGUGGCGCGUGCCUUAGUCUUUUUGCACCACGAGUGUUGUCCUCCCAUAGUCCAUAGAGAUGUCAAGGCUAGCAACAUGCUCUUGGAUGGGGAGGGCAACGCGCGCGUCACGGACUUUGGUCUCGCGAGAAUCAUGGACGUGGCCAAGACUCACGUCACCACAAUGGUGGCCGGGACGGUCGGGUACAUCGCGCCCGAGUACGGGCAGACGUGGCAAGCAACGACAAAAGGAGAUGUGUACAGCUACGGAGUGGUAGCCAUGGAGUUAGCAACGGCAAGGCGGGCGGUUGACGAAGGAGGGGAAGAGUGCUUGUUGGAAUGGGCGCGGCGGGUGAUGGGGGAUGAUGGCCAACAAGAAUAUUCCGGCGAGGCAUCGCCGCCAACGGGUCUUUUAGUGACCGGAUUGGCGGAUGGGGCAGAGGAAAUGUGGGAUUUGUUGAGGAUUGGGGUUUUGUGUACCAAUGAGGUACCACAAUCUAGGCCAAAUAUGAAAGAGGUUCUUGGCAUGCUGCUUAGGAUUUCACCUUCUAAUACUGCUAGCUCCUCUACUUGUACUUCAGCUAGCUCUUCAUUUUGAUGUAUUCAUCAAAUUUCAUAAGAGCAAUUCUUAAAUUUUGUUUCUGGCACAAACACACAAAGAAUACAAAAAUCAUAAAAUCUAUAAAGAUAAACAAAGUAACAAACACAAAACCCGAGUUUCUGGAAUCAAAAGGUUGAACACUU